GCUGACAUCUGAAGAUGAUUGUUGGAGUUAUGAUUGUGGAUUGUCAAAGAACUCAAAAUAACUUACAUGAUCGAGAAACAGUCGGCAAAUGGCCAUAUGAUCAGCAGUGGUUACUUAAAAAAGGUUAUGUUAAUUGUGCAAUAAUCAAAAAGAUUCAAAUGAAGCCUUACAAUGUUACUUAGAAAUUUUUUAUUUCAAUUUAUUUUGGUCAUUGUACUCUUUAUAGUCAUUAUUUAUGAAAGGAGUCGUCUCACUUCGCUAGAAGAUUCAAAUAAAAAAUUACAAAAUGACAUCCUGCUACUCAGGACUGAACUUAAAAGCACUCCAUCACCUGAAGCUAAACUUCAAGUGCAGCUGGCAAUAAAUAAUGACGACUAUGUUGUGAUGUACAAUAGAAUUCCAAAAACGGGCUCUACUAGUUUUGUAGGAGUUGUAUAUGAUUUAUGCAAGAAAAACAAAUACCAUGCUUUACAUAUAAACAUUACUAACAACUUGCAUACGCUUACUCUUCCUAAUCAAAUUCAAUUUGUACGUAACAUUACGAACUGGAACACAAUGAAACCUGCGUUUUAUCAUGGACACAUAGCAUUUUUAGAUUUUGAAAAGUUUGGAGUAAAAAGCAAACCAUUGUAUAUAAAUUUACUACGUAAGCCUUUGGAUAGAUUUGUUUCGUACUACUAUUUCUUACGAUAUGGAGAUAAUUUCAGACCUCACUUAAUAAGACGAAAACACGGGGAUACAAAAACUUUUGAUGAAUGUGUGAAUGAAAAACAAGCAGACUGUAAUCCCAAUCAUAUGUGGCUUCAAAUUCCUUUCUUAUGUGGACAUGAUCCAGCAUGCUGGGAAGUUGGUAAUCAAUGGGCUUUAGAACAAGCAAAACGGAAUUUGCAACAACACUAUUUACUUGUUGGAGUAACUGAAGAGUUAACAGAUUUUAUACAUACGCUUCAAGUUAUUUUACCAAGAUUUUUUAAAGGCGCGCAUGAUCUUUUUUUACAUAAUAACAAGUCACACUUACGGCAGACAAUACAAAAGAAAGAUCUUCUACCAGAAACUUUAAAAAAAAUUCAAGAAACUAUUGUAUGGAAGAUGGAAAAUGAACUUUACAACUAUGCUUUAUCUCAAUUUCAUGCUAUAAAGAGACGGCUCAUUAAUGCAUCUAUGCAACACACGAAUCAGCGCUAUUUUUAUGAAAAAAUAAGACCAAAAUAGAAUAAAUUCUUUAUUUUCUAUAACCUUUUAUUUUUUAUUU